AUGGCGGGCAGCGGCAAUGCGCAGGUGGAAAUGGAUCCGACACGGAUCGCAGACGGCGAUGUGUUGGAGCGGGAGCAUGUGCUGAAAGUGUACGACGCCAUAGCGACACACUUCUCGUCGACGCGGUACAAGGCGUGGCCCAAGGUACAGGCCUUCAUUGAGUCCCUCCCGAAGUACAGCAUGGUGGCCGACGUCGGCUGUGGCAAUGGCAAGUACUUUGCGUGUGCACAGCGACGCCGAACGGUGCCGCUAGCGAACAGCAACAAAAACAGAGAUGACAUUAACGGUGUGGAAGCCAUGGUGGAAAGUAACGAAACAGAAGAGGCGUGCCGGUAUGUCGUCGGCAUCGACUCCAGUGAAGGGCUUCUGCGCCUGGCACAAAAACAGCAGCAGCAGACGACAUCACCUACAGAGCCGUCGUGUGCAACCUUCAUUCCUCGCACAGAUCUUCUUCGCGCCGACGGUCGCAGUACUGCUUUUCGGAGUGGCAUCUUCGACGCUGUCAUCAGCAUAGCAGUCAUUCACCACUUUGCCACACACGCAAGACGGUUAGAGGCGGUGCGGGAGUUACUUCGUCUCGUGCGGCCCGACGGCCUCGUGCUAAUCAGUGUGUGGGCAAAGGAGCAGCCCAAGAAGCGCUCACGAAACGACGCGGCGGAUGUCUUUAUCCGCUGGGAGAUGCACGAAAAACACGACAAAGACAAGCGCGUGUACCACCGCUACUACCACCUGUUUGCGAGGGGUGAGCUGGAGCGGCUCGCAGAGGAGGCGGGCGCGGUGGUGAGGGACUCGUACUACGACAAGGAGAAUUGGUGCGUCGUUCUCGGGUUGGCGGCGCCGCCCCACAGCGUGUAA